AUGGCGGGGCCGGGGCUGGAGGCGGGGGACCCGCGGGGGCGGCUGCGGCUGGGCGGCGACUUCUUCGGGCGGCCCUGCGUCGGCCUGGCCAAGGCCCUCCUGGGGCAGGUGCUGGCCCGAAGGCUGCCAGACGGGCGGGAGCUGCGGGGGCGCAUCGUGGAGACAGAGGCCUACCUGGGGGGCGAGGACACAGCCUCUCACUCACGGGGCGGGCGGCGGACAGCCCGCAACGCCGCCAUGUUCAUGAAGCCCGGCACCCUCUACGUCUACCAGAUCUAUGGCCUCUACUUCUGCCUGAACAUCUCCAGCCAGGGGGAGGGGGCUGCCGUCUUGCUGCGCUCCUUGGAGCCCCUGCAGGGGCUGGAGGCCAUGAGGCAGCUGCGCCUGAGCCAGCGCAAAGGGGGCCACCCUCCUGCCAAGCCCCCCAAGGACUGGCAGCUGUGCAACGGGCCCUCCAAGCUGUGCCAGGCCCUCGCCAUCAACAGGACCUUCGACCAGGAGGACUUGGCCAGCGCCCCGGACCUCUGGCUGGAGCCUGGCCCCGAAGCCCCCGCGGAGGCCCUGGUGUGCAGCCCCCGCAUCGGCAUCAGCGGCGACUGGGCCCACAAGCCCCUGCGCUUCUACCUGCGGGGCAACAAGUGCGUCAGCGUGGUGGACAAGGCGGCAGAGCAGGCCACCUGAGGGGAGCUGACCCCCAAAGGACUCCGGGGGGGGGCUUCUGUGUCAGAAUAUAUGGUUUCCCCCUCA